CUCCACCCCGAGGGAAGGCGGCGCGGAUAAAGGCUCGGGGGCCGCCUGCUCGGCCCCAGACCGGCUCCGCCACCACGCACUCGGCCUGGACGUGGGUACACUCAGGACAGUUGGGAUCUCAGGACUGGCUGCUCCCGAUCCUCCAGCGGCGGCGGCGGCGGCUGUUGCUAAGGGAGGGGACGCGCGGGGAAGCGCGGCCCGAGCGGCAGACGGACCUGAGUGCGGUCCGCGGAGCGGCGUCCUCUCCUCCAGGACCCUUCCCUGUACCCACCGCCCUUGAAAGGAGCCGCGAGUGCAGUCCCCACCCAGGAAGGCGCCGCGAAGAGCCGACGCGACCCCGGAGCGCCACUCGGAUAUUUGAUUCCUGAUUCACCUUCCGCUCCUGGGACCUUAUUGAACGGGACACGCGCAGUCCCCUGCCCCCAGGGACCCGGAGGACCGGGUUAGGGGAGCCCCCCCCCCCGCCCUGCCCGGAGGCGCAGCGAGAAUUGGCGCCCCGCGGACUCCAGACCCCCAGCGCGGGCCGGGGAUGGAGCCGCAGCCCGGCGGCGCCCGGAGCUGCCGGCGCGGGGCCCCCGGAGGUGCCUGCGAGCUGGGCCCAGCGGCCGAGACGUCGUCCAUGAGCCUAGCCAUCCACAGCACGACGGGCACCCGCUACGAGCUGUCGGUGCCCCCAGACGAGACGGUGGAGGGGCUGCGUAAGCGGCUGUCCCAACGCCUCAAAGUGCCCAAGGAGCGCCUGGCGCUGCUCCACAAAGACACCCGGCUCAGUUCGGGGAAGCUGCAGGAGUUCGGCGUGGGGGAUGGCAGCAAGCUGACGCUCGUGCCCACCGUGGAGGCGGGCCUCAUGUCCCAGGCCUCCAGGCCAGAACAGUCUGUGAUGCAGGCCCUCGAGAGCUUGACGGAGACGCAGCCCCCAGCAGCGCCCAGCCGGGGCAGGGCUGGCGGAGGCAGCUUCCGGAAAUACCGAUUCAUUUUAUUUAAGCAUCCGUGGCACCGACAGGGACCCCAGAGCCCAGAGAGGGGCGGCGAGAGGCCCCAGGUCAGUGACUUCUUGUCGGGCCGCUCGCCACUGACCCUGGCACUGCGUGUGGGUGACCACAUGAUGUUCGUCCAGCUGCAGCUCGCAGCCCAGCACGCCCCACUGCAGCACCGCCAUGUGCUGGCCGCCGCUGCUGCCGCUGCUGCCGCCCGUGGGGACCCCAGCAUGACCACCACCCCUGUAUCCUCUCCCUGCCGGCCAGUCUCCAGCGCCGCCCGUGUGCCCCCAGUGCCCAGUAGUCCUACCCCUGCAUCCUCAUCUGUCACAGCUGGUUCCUUCCGCUCCCACUCAGCCUCUACCACCUGCCCUGAGCAGAUGGACUGUUCCCCCCCUGCCAGCGCUGGUGCCAGCCCCACGUCCCCCGCCGGGGGUAGCCCCACUUCUCGCUCCCGCAAACCUGGAGCAGUCAUCGAGAGCUUCGUGAACCAUGCCCCGGGGGUCUUCUCAGGGACCUUCUCUGGCACGCUGCACCCCAACUGUCAGGACAGCAGCGGGCGGCCGAGGCGAGACAUCGGCACCAUCCUGCAGAUCCUCAACGACCUCCUGAGUGCCACUCGGCACUACCAGGGCAUGCCCCCAUCGCUGACCCAGCUGCGCUGCCAUGCCCAGUGCACCCCCGCCUCGCCCGCCCCGGACCUUGCCCCUAAAACUACCUCCUGCGAGAAGCUAGCGGCCGCAGCCCCAGCCUCACUGAGCCAGGCCCGCUUGUGCAAGCCCCCCGGGGACCGGCUGCGGCAGACGGAAAACCGUGCAACCCGCUGUAAGGUGGAGCGCUUGCAGCUGCUGCUUCAGCAGAAACGGCUCCGCAGAAAGGCACGGCGCGAUGCCCGGGGCCCCUACCACUGGCCACCCAGCCGCAAGGCUGGCCGCAGCGAUAGCAGCAGCAGCGGGGGAGGCGGCAGCCCCAGUGAGGCCUCUGGCUUGGGCCUCGACUUUGAGGACUCCGUCUGGAAGCCAGAAGUGAACCCCGACAUCAAGUCAGAGUUCGUGGUGGCCUAGGAACCCUGUCCCUUGCCCCAGCCCAGGGUGGCCGUGAGCUUGGCCCGCACAGGAGGGCCGGUGGUCAGUCGGUGCAGUGGGAGGCUCCCCAUUCCUGGUUCAGCAUCCUUCUGGUGGUUUUUUUGUUUUGUUUUGUUUUUUUUCCAAUUCCCACCAUGGUUUUCCGAACUCUCCAUGGACUUGGGUUCCUGCCUCCUUGGCUCGGCUCACACUCCCGCCCCUUCCUCCAUCUCCCAUCCCCAUGGGCGACCUGCGCUGGGUCCCUCCCGCCCACCUUCCCAAGCUCCAAAUAUGUAGCAGUCUUUCCAGAUGGUUGAGAGCGGAGACGAGGAAGCCGCCCCCCCUUCCGUUCUGCCGCCCUCCCCACCCUUUUCAGGUUUAAGUCGAAAAUGUAGAUGCCUCAUUAUGCACUUUACAGACAGGGGAGGGGGCCUAGGAGAGGAGAGCCCCCCCACCCACCAACUCUGGCUCUAAAACCACAUGGCAAGGAGCUGCGGGCAGGUGCACUGCGACCCAUGGUGACUGCUUCUCUUCCACAUCCCACAUCCCGUACUUGUUUCUCUUCCUCUUCUCCUUUUCCUUUUUCCUGGAAAAGAAAAGCUGUUUCAGGGCAGAGGCUGGCCAGAGCCUGCCUUGGGGUGCGGGCUGGGGUGUGGGACCCUUUCCUGCCAGGAAAGGAAAGGGAGGGAGGGGAACAUCCCGCCACCAGCCUUCAGCGUCCACGCACUGUGCCAUUUCCUCCAACGCCACCCUCCCACCCCGUUUUUCUGAGCUUGGGGUAUUUAUAGACUAUUAAUUUUCUGACUGAGCCAAUAGUGGUUGGGGAUCUCUUGAAAAAUAGGGAGAGCAAUGGCUGUGGGGGGCAAGUUGACACCCCCAGCCCUCCUUCCUCACUCAACCUGAGGGAUCUGGGCCUGUGGACUGCAUCUGGGGGGCCCUCCAGCAGCCGGGGGCGGGCGGGGUGGGGUGGGGGGAGGCGGUUGCUGAGCUGUGAAACCCCCAGUAGGGGCAACGCUGUGUAGCAUUAACCCCCUUGGGGGGGGUUCGCUGCUGGUCUAAAUUGGACCCUCCCCACUCAUGCCCCUGCCUGAGGGGGCCCCCCCAGGUCAGAGAGACAGACCCCCCCCCCAGGGGGGACCAUUUCAUUGGGGGUGGAGUUUUUUCAUUCACUUUUUAUUUUUUACUGAUAAUGGAGAUGUUUGGGCCCUGCCCCCCCACCUGUCAGUCUCGUCCUGGCCCCGCCCCUCUGUGCUGCGCGUCCCCUCAUACUCUGCCUGCCCCUCCCUCCUAGGUGAACCCCAGGUCCUUAUCCUGCCCCCGGUUAUGUGUUUAAAGUUAAUGGUUUCAGAUGUGAACAUCUUGUGUUAACUGUAGCUCUGUAAAUUUUUUGUGGGGGGGGUGGGCAGGGAGGGGUCAGAAAGUAGGGGUCAAGGAUUUUUGUUUUUGUUUUCAUUUUUGCAAAAAAAAAAAGAAAAAAGAAAAAAGGGGCGGAUUUGUUUUUGAAGCUCUGUCUUGGAUAUCUAUUUAAUGUGUGUUCUGAUGGGGUUUUUUUAAACAAUUUUUAAAUAACGUCUGUGCCUCCGCUGGUCUGAGGGUGGAGGCCCCAGGCAGGAACCGCCUACCCCCCCUCUGCCCUCACCAGGGUCGUCCCCCCCCAGAAAGCAUUACCCGCCCUUGGGGGGGGGGGUCGGGCUGUGGGGUUCUCAGCACCUUGCGGGAAUUUCCUGUAUGAAAACAAAAUUGGAAAAGAAAACCUACACAAACACAGUGAUUUCAAGGAAUAAACAGAAAAUGAAACAGUGAA